AUGCACCACCCGGCUUUCUUCAUCCUUGCCAUCUUCAGCCUUCUCGGCGUCGCCAUCUCCGCUCCAACCCAGAUCACCACAUCCUCUGCCACAGCGGCUCCAACCCAUGUUGCGCCCCCCACCUGCACCACUUACUAUCCCUCCGUCCUGCGGCAGCUCGUGGAAUCUGCCCCUAAUGCCAAGCAAGCCAACACGGCCAAGGAUACAAAAUCGUUCAAGGUCGCCCAGUCCGUCUCUUUUGCCGACAAUGUCAAGUUCGACCGCAUUCACCAGUACGUUGUCUUUGACAACAUUGCCAGCGGCUCCUGGGACUGUCAGCUCAUGAUAUCUUGGCCAUCUUCUGCCAGUCUCAAUGUUUCUACUGCUUCCAGGUUCGGUGCCUUCGGCUCCGCCUCCAUCAGCCUGGACGUGUACAGUGCUUCCUACAGUGCUUCCUCCAUUGGCUCCCACUCCAAGCCUAAGGCCUCUAGGGUUGGCACACCUGACAGCACGCCUUUUGCGACCUGGCAUUCGAUGAUGAACGCCAUGAGGGUUCCUACCGGUACUGACGAGCCGUCCGUCAAGGGUGAGGCCGAGAAGACACAUGGCAAGGCCCUGGGCAAUACGCGCUCCGUGACACUGACGCCCUUUGGUACCGUUGGUGUCAACCCUGGUGAGUAUGGAGUGACCAUCAACUCCAAGGCCUGUCCUCGGGCCAAUGAAGACGGCGCUCUACGCUUUCUGUUUGAGAUCCCCAGUACCGACUCUCGUGAUGCGAGCGUUGGUUUUUUGGGAAGCACAGUAAAGGGUGCCGGCGUCUACUUGCUCGCCAAUUGCUAG